AAAACUGUAAAUAUGCGACUCUUGAUUUAUAGAAUAAAUGACAUUAGAUAUCAGGUGCAAAAAGGCAUUUAAGCCUCACCUGAAAUAUUCAUAAUUUAAAAACAAUAAACUCUUCAAUUUUAUUUACGAUCUCCUCAAGUGUUUUCUGAAUAAUCCCAUGUCUUCUGAAGAACAAUAACUUAAUUCGACACUUAUGUCCUGCAUCAUAAACCAUCAGAUGCAUGCCUCCUGCGUGACACAGUAACUAUAAAAGCCGGUGAGUUUCAUGAGAAAAGUCAGAUGACAAUUAUCAUAUCAGCGAAACAUUAAGUUAAAACUGAGACUGCACUCGCAUAUUAAGUUCGAUUAAACGUUUAAGUUACAAGAUGGGAUUUUCUCUCUACAUUGCCUGUGUACUUUUGUAUACUAGCGCUACAGUUCUUACAUCACCUGUUGAGAAAUCAGGGGCUCCAGACUGCAAAUACAAUGGUCAACUCCUGGCAGACUAUGAUGACCCCUGUAGGUUCUACCAAUGUACCUAUGCAGAUGCCUACUUGAACCUGAAGGCCGUCAGCAUGCCUUGUGCCCCAGGCUCAAGUGUACCCAGAGGAUACAGAUCAGGCAACCCAUGCACAGGACCAAACCUUAAGCAAUGUCCAGAAGGCACUAACAAUGGUCCAUGGACUGUGUGUGAAUUCAAAGGCUAUAACCCAAAAGGAUCAUGUAAAGUGAUUGGUCAGUACUUGGUAAAUGAGGACAAUAGAUGUCAGUUCUAUCAGUGUGUGUAUGCAGAUGCCCGGGGUAACCUGAAGCCCGAGCUCCUCACAUGUGCAGGGGGCACCAGCGUGCCAGAGGACUAUGAAUGUGGGAACCCUUGUGUUGGUCCCAGGAGGAAUGAUUGCUAAGGACUGAAUAAUACUCUCAUGGUGAUUGGUUAGGGGAAGGAAAUAAAAUGCUGACAGCAUUCAGGCCCGUAGCCAGCUUUAGCCAAGGAGGGGGGGGGGGUGUAUUAAAAAAAUUCAAGGUGGGGGUUCAAAUUUGACAAUAUUGGCCAAAAAUCACUUGAAAAGUGGUGAAAACUGCAUGAAAAGAAUUUUUGGCUGGGAUUAACCCCCCUGGCUAUGGGCCUGGCCUUU